AUGAGGCGACGACGGAGGCGGGACGGUUUCUACCCAGCGCCGGACUUCCGAGACAGGGAAGCUGAGGACAUGGCAGGGGUGUUUGACAUAGAUCUGGACCAGCCGGAGGACGCGGGCUCUGAGGAUGAGCUGGAGGAGGGGGGUCAGUUAAAUGAAAGCAUGGACCACGGGGGAGUUGGACCGUAUGAACUUGGCAUGGAGCAUUGUGAGAAAUUUGAAAUCUCAGAAACUAGUGUGAACAGAGGGCCAGAAAAAAUCAGACCAGAAUGUUUUGAGCUACUUCGAGUACUUGGUAAAGGGGGCUAUGGAAAGGUUUUUCAAGUACGAAAAGUAACAGGAGCAAAUACUGGGAAAAUAUUUGCCAUGAAGGUGCUUAAAAAGGCAAUGAUAGUAAGAAAUGCUAAAGAUACAGCUCAUACAAAAGCAGAACGGAAUAUUCUGGAGGAAGUAAAGCAUCCUUUCAUUGUGGAUUUAAUUUAUGCCUUUCAGACCGGUGGAAAACUCUACCUCAUCCUUGAGUAUCUCAGCGGAGGAGAAUUAUUUAUGCAGUUAGAAAGAGAAGGAAUAUUUAUGGAAGACACAGCCUGCUUUUACUUGGCAGAAAUCUCCAUGGCUUUGGGGCAUUUACAUCAAAAGGGGAUCAUCUACAGAGACCUGAAGCCGGAGAAUAUCAUGCUUAAUCACCAAGGUCACGUCAAACUAACAGAUUUUGGACUAUGCAAAGAAUCUAUUCAUGACGGAACAGUCACACACACAUUUUGUGGAACAAUAGAAUACAUGGCCCCUGAGAUCUUGAUGAGAAGCGGCCACAACCGUGCUGUGGACUGGUGGAGUUUGGGAGCAUUAAUGUAUGACAUGCUGACUGGAGCACCCCCGUUCACUGGGGAGAAUAGAAAGAAAACAAUUGACAAAAUCCUCAAAUGUAAACUCAAUUUGCCUCCCUACCUCACGCAAGAAGCCAGAGAUCUGCUUAAAAAGCUGCUGAAAAGAAAUGCUGCUUCUCGUCUUGGAGCUGGUCCUGGGGAUGCUGGAGAAGUUCAAGCUCAUCCAUUCUUCAGACAUAUUAACUGGGAAGAACUGCUGGCUCGGAAGGUGGAGCCCCCCUUCAAGCCUCUUUUGCAAUCGGAAGAGGAUGUGAGUCAGUUUGAUUCCAAGUUUACACGUCAGACACCUGUUGACAGCCCAGAUGACUCAGCUCUCAGUGAAAGUGCCAACCAGGUCUUCCUGGGUUUUACAUAUGUGGCUCCAUCUGUACUUGAAAGCGUGAAAGAAAAGUUUUCCUUUGAACCAAAAAUCCGAUCCCCUCGAAGAUUUAUUGGCAGCCCACGAACACCUGUCAGCCCAGUCAAAUUUUCUCCUGGGGAUUUCUGGGGAAGAGGUGCUUCAGCCAGCACGGCAAAUCCGCAGACACCUGUGGAGUACCCGAUGGAGACAAGUGGGAUAGAGCAGAUGGACGUGACGAUGAGCGGGGAGGCUUCAGCACCGCUUCCAAUACGACAGCCAAACUCCGGACCGUACAAAAAGCAAGCUUUUCCCAUGAUCUCCAAACGACCAGAGCACCUGCGUAUGAAUCUAUGA